GUCCCGUCCCGUCCCCGCUGUCUGCGGACACGAGCCCGCACCCUUUUCGUCACUGCAGCAAGCUGUGCAGUCUGCAGGACUGCAAGUCUGCAACCCAGAGUCUCCAGUAGCGAUCCACCGGCGAGCUCAGAUCAGAAUCCCCUCCCCUCUCCUCGCGACUCGCGAGCCCGCAGGGAAGGAAUGGAGAGCGGCGGGGUCGGGAUGGGCGGCGGCGAGUGCAGGAGCAACGACUACGGUGACGCCGCCUACUGGGACGCCCGCUACUCCUCCUCCGGGUCCCGCGCUUCCGGCGGCGGCGAGUUCUUCGACUGGUACCAGACGUACGCGGCGCUGCGCCCGCUCCUCCGGGCCCGCAUCCCCGCCGCCUCCCGCGUCCUCAUGGUCGGCUGCGGCAACUCCCUUUUGUCAGAGGAUAUGGCGAAGGAUGGUUACAAGGACAUUGUAAACAUAGACAUUUCAUCUGUGGUCAUCGAGCAUAUGAGAGAGAAACACAAGGAGAUUCCACAGCUGACCUAUAUGCAGAUGGAUGUUAGGGACAUGACUUUCUUUGGCGAUGAAUCGUUUGAUUGUGUCCUUGAUAAAGGAACCCUGGAUGCUAUGAUGUGUGCUGAUGAUGCUCCUGAUGGUGCUUCAAAAAUGCUAGCAGAAGUGGCAAGGCUUCUUAGGCCUCAUGGGAUCUACUUGCUGAUAACGUAUGGUGCUCCUAAGGAACGAGUCCCACUUCUGAGCCAGGCUGGAUGCAGAUGGAGUAUUGCACUUUACAUUAUGCCUACACCUAGAUACCAAUUGAAAAUGAGCAAAGGUGCUCCACAGUCUACCAUGGAGGAAGUUGCACUCACAGAGGAUGGUCAACUGCCACCUGAUUAUGUUCUCAAAGAUCCAGAGUCACAUUUCAUUUACAUUUGUCACAAGUUGGCAGUGAAAGAGGCUAAUUGAAGAGCUACCGAGCCAGAGGAAACAACAAACACAAACUAGUUCCACCUCAGGUCCUUAAAUUUUCAUCUUGUUUGUUGCUGUUGGAGUUCAUUGUUGAUUUGUUGUACUGGCAUAGCCCGGGGUCGUGAUUUGUGUGAUGUGUUACGGUGUUACCCUUGGUAUUUAAAAUACAUUACACCCCUUCUAUAAAUUAAGAAUCGCCGAUUGACCAUUCAUUUGAAAGCUUUA